AUAUAUUCUUAAAAUACAUGUUAUAGAAUCUUGUAAAUUGGUUUAGAGAGUUAUUUUUCGGAAAGGAGUUAGAAAUAGCUUUGGUUGGGUUAUAAAAUGCAGGUAAAACCACAUUGGUUAAUACAAUGGCUACCGGAAAGUUUGAAGAAGACACAAUUCCAACAAUAGGAUUUAAUUUUAGAUCUGUUAAGAAAGGGAAAGUAAAAAUGAAAAUGUGGGAUGUUGGAGGAUAAGCAAGAUUCAGAGAAUAAUGGGAAAAGUAUUGCAGAUCAGCAGAUGUAAUAAUUUUUGUUGUGGAUGCGCAAGAUUAAGGAAAUUUAGAUAUUGCAAGGUAGUAACUUAAUUAAUUAAUAUCUUGGCCAAGUCUUGAGGGUAUACCUCUAUUAAUAUUAGGAAAUAAAUAUGAUCUAUAAGGAUGGUAACAUCAAUCUCUAUAUUUAUAGUAUUACAGAAUAAGAACUUAUUACAUAAAUGAACUUAAAUUCAAUUAAAGAUAGAUUAGUUGCAUGCUUUAGUAUUUCUGCCAAAAAAAAUUCAAACAUUGAUGAAAUGUUAAAAUGGCUUUCCAAAAUCUAAAGAAAAAAUAAAUGA